UCCUUCCUCAGCUGGGAAAUUUCUGAGGGUCAGGAAGGAGAAUCUGUACCUUACUCCUUGAACACCAAGGGAGGAAUCUGGGGAAACCGAAAUGAGGCACAAUCAGAUGUGUUGUGAGACACCACCUACUGUCACUGUUCAUGUAAAAUCAGGGUCAAAUAGAUCACAUCAGCCUAAAAGACCCAUUAAUCUGAAGCGCCCUAUUUUUAAAGAUAGUUGUCAAGCAUCUGAAAAAAAUGUACAUAAUAACAACAAAUCUAAACGCCCCAAAGAACCUUGUCUAGUUAUACAGCGUCAGGAAAUGACUGCUUUCUUUAAAUUAUUUGAUGACGAUUUAAUUCAAGAUUUCUUAUGGAUGGACUGCUGCUGUAAAAUUGCAGACAAGUAUCUUUUGGCUAUGACUUUUGUUUAUUUCAAGAGGGCUAAAUUUACUAUAAAUGAGCACACCAGGAUAAAUUUCUUUAUUGCUCUGUAUCUAGCUAACACAGUUGAAGAAGAUGAAGAAGAAGCGAAGUAUGAAAUUUUUCCAUGGGCUUUAGGAAAAAACUGGAGAAAACUGUUUCCUAAUUUCUUAAAGUUAAGGGACCAACUCUGGGAUAGAAUUGACUAUAGGGCUAUUGUAAGCAGGCGCUGCUGUGAGGAGGUUAUGGCCAUUGCACCAACCCAUUACAUAUGGCAACGAGAGCGCUCCGUGCAUCACAGUGGAGCUGUGAGAAAUUACAACAGAGAUGAAGUUCAACUGCCUCGAGGACCUAGUGCCACACCAGUAGAUUGUUCACUCUGUGGUAAAAAAGGAAGAUAUGUUAGACUGGGAUUGUCUUCAUCGUCAUCUUCAUCCAGUGGUACAGUAGAAGUGAUGGAAAACCAUUCUCAGGACUCACACAACUCAUUCUCAAUGGACAAAGUAGUUGACCCUUCUCGAGGUUAUAGCUAUUCUCCAGUAGCCAAUGAUCAUCAAUCAAACAAAGAAAAGAAAACUAAUUUGACGGAGAAAGACAAAUCUAUGGCGUGGUUUACAGGAAGUGAAGAAUGAGAUGGAGCAACUAAACUUGGAAUCAUUAACUGCAAAAUGUCAAACUAACAGCAAGACGAGUGUCAAAAUGGGGCAUUUAAGCAGUUUCGCUAUGUCACACACCUUUCUUUAGCUUUGGUUAUUUUUCAAAAUUAUAUGUAAAAAUUAUACAAAUGAUAGUAAGAGCUAAAAAUACCAAUCUAGGAAAGUAGAUUUGUAAUAUGAAGUUCUAUUUUGGUACUUUCCAGUCUUCAAUUCAGUUGCUGUCAUCUGGAGUACUCAGUUAACUUGUGGUUUGAACUUCCUCAACUUGACAAGAAAAGCUAAUUUAAGAAGGGAAAAAGUAAGGUUAUUACAAUAAUUAAAAAAGAAAUACCAUUUAAUAAUGUCUGAGAACAUUACUUACCUGUAUGACCAGCUUGCCAGUGUAUAGGUCUAGCAAUAUAGGGAAAUGAUCCAUAUACAAAAUCAGAAUGUGAUUCUUCUGGUGUAAAACAAAAUAUAUUAUUAUAAGCUACAUAAGUUUUUUAUCAUUUGUUCACAAAAACUGUUGAAAUACAAAUUACUGCCUCUGAUGUAAGUUUUUUCUCCCAUAUUUUUUCCAGCAUUUGUUUUGGAGCUACCUUGCUAGUUAUCUUACAUAAAUAAUUUGUUCAUGUUACAUGAUAAAAUUAUACAGAUAUAAU